AAGGAGUCACAAGUACGGGGUAUAUCUAUCGGCUGGGUUAAGUUAUGUUCUAUUGUUUGCGGGGGGAGGGUGAAAAUGGAAGUGCUUGAAUAAAUGUUGUUUGUGUGUGUGUGUGUGUGUGUGUGUGUGUGUGUGUGUGUGUGUGUGUGUGUGUGUGUGUGUGUGUUUGUGUGCGUUUUUGCCUUUAUUCAUACACAUGCUGAUGUGUGUGUAUAUAUAUUUAUGUGUGUGUGUGUGUGUGUGUGUGUGUGUGUGUGUGUGUGUGUGUGUGUGUGUGUGUGUGUGUGUGUGUGUGUGUGUGUGUGUGUGUGCGCGUGUGUGUGUGUGUCCCACACCAUUUACCAUUUAGAACAGCGUGACUUUAACUAUUUUGUUUACAACAUUGGGGGAAUGUGUUUCGGAGAUUGUCCGCGAUAAAUCAAAGCGAUUACUUUAUUUAACCAAACAUCGGCACUUUCUUUCUUCUCCUGGUCGUCGGACUCUGUGUUCUGAUUUCUGUAUUCCUCUUGGUUCCUCCCUCCUCCUCUCUCCUCCUCCUCAUCCUCCUCUCCUCUCCUCCUCCGUCUCCCUCUCUCGUUGUGUAUUGGACUGUGUGCUGGCCCUCUGUUCUGUGGCUCUGUUGUUGGCCCUGUCGUCCCCUCACAUGGCUCCACGGCUGACUAGGGACAGUGUCUGUCGAAGAGGCUGGUCUAGCCUCACGCACCCAGAGAGAAAGACACAGGCUCGUCUUGAAAACAGCAGGACUCACCACCAAGGAGAGAUUGUCUCCGGUCGACAUCCAAUCUAAAAGUCUUGAUUAUUCUUGGGCAGCUUUUUUUUACGGUUGAACUCGAAAAGUGCAGCGCCCGCUUUAAGGUGGAAGGGUCGGUCCAGGCUGGGGUAAUUAUAGGAUUCUCAGCAAGAGCACGCUGGAAGGAGGAGAAUCGUUUCCAUCCUGACAGGAUUAUUUGACUUUCAUGUGCUGAGUGCUGUUGGAGGGCAUCCUGCGAGCUGGCCGUGCGAGGUUAGUUUGUCACCUGGAGAGAGGGAGAGGGAGAGAAGGAGGGAGAGAGAGGGAGAGGGCGAGAAGGAGAGAGAGAGAGACGGGGGGAGAGAAAGACAAAGAGAGAGAGAGAGAGAGAGAGAGAGAGAGAGAGAGAGAGAGAGAGAGAGAGAGAGAGAGAGAGACCUCCAGUGUGCGGUUCCUUUAUCCCCCCUGCAGUCUGAAACCCGAGGCCGCGCUGAGCCGAGCGCAGGCCGGCCCCCCGGGGAGAUGACCCUCCGCGGGACAGCUGUCCCCCUGCGCAGGUCCCCCAGCUGGCGGCGCUCAGGCGAUGACUCCCACUGGGAGAGCCUGCUGUCCGGGGGGGAGGCCCCGCCCCCCCCGCGCCGCCCCGCCCGGCCCCAGAGCAUCUCGUCGGAGCGCGGCCCCGCCGACCACUGGCUCCGGGAGCCGGAGAGGACCCAGAGAGGAACCCCCCGAGACCCCCCCCAGGACCACCGCGGCCCCGGGCCCCCUUACGACCGCCCGACCCCCACCAUGCCCACCCUCCACACCCUGGACCCCCCGCCCCGGGGGCCCGACCGGACCCCGCCAGCCACCACCAGACGGACCUCCUACCGCGGGGAGGACUCCCCCCCCUACAGCCGGACCCCCAGCGGGGGCUCCGGGUCCCGGGGGGGCAGCCAGGAGUCCCUGCUGGGCCCGGACCGCGGGCUCCCUGGGGAGCGGAGAGGGAGCCACGAGAGGGCCCGCAUGGUGCAGGGGCCCGUCCCGGGGCAGGCUCGGGUCAGCGCCCUGGCCCCCGUGAGGGUCGGCUGGCUGCCGGUGCAGAGGAGGGUGUCCGGGAUCGGGGACCCCCCCCAGGGCCAGACCCCCAGGGCGGAGACCCAGCCCAGCGCUCAGAUGAAAAUGAAACAACCAAUUACCCCGAUUCUCCAGGCGUCUCCUUCCAACGGUUUCAAACACCACGAGGGAGAGGUGGAGCAGAGGGAGGCGGGGCCCUACGGUCUGCGGGCGGGGACCAGGUGCUCACCUGAGACCAGGUGCUCACCUGAGAGGACGGAGUGGAGCACGUCUGAGUGGAGCACGUCUAACGUCGCCACCCCCCCGCUCCAACAGGUGUCCAAUAAGAUCAGUGUAGCCACCAAAGAGCGCGGCCCCCUCACCUGGCAGAGCCUGAGGAGGGGCUGGGGCUUCAGUAAGAUCUCGGCGCUGAGCGGAGGAUCCAAGGUCUCGCCCAGACCCCCCGGCGCCGAGGUCCGGACCCCCCCACCGCCAUCGUCGGAGGGGUGGGGGCUGCACUCUCCUCUCUACAGGACCGGCAGUGCCCAGCCGGCCGGGUCCACCGCGAGGAGGGACGGCGUCUCACGACCGUCGCCGCGGGAGACCGCCUCCGUCGCCACGACGACCACCACCACGACCCUGGUCCCGCACGACAAGGUCAGCUUCUCCUCCAUCACCAUCUGCUCCAAGAAGGUCACCAGGACGACCAGUCUGCCCCCUGACAACGACAACAACGCCCACAGGGCCGCCCCCCCCUCCCUCCCGGGACAGCGGCCCCCCGGGGCCCCCGACUCCGUCACCCUGCGGAGGAAGGCCACCGUCGUCAAGGUGACGGAGCAGAGGAUGACCUCCGCCUCCUCCAUGUCCGCCGCCACCGCGCCGGCUCGGAGGCCGUCCCCCGACCACGUCGCCCCUGGCGACGGUCGCCAGGGCGACGCGGCGGUCCACCGGAGGAAAGCCACGGUCAUCAAGGUGACGGAGCGCCGGGAGAGCUACAGCGCGGCCGUCACCCCCGGCAACCGGCCGCCCCACUACCGACACAGCUACACGGAGGGGGUCUACACGGAGGACAGCGUGUGGCGCCAGGGGCCCCAGGGACACCAGGGGCCUCAGGGGCCCCAGGAGCGCUACGUAGGACCCCCACAGAGGGGGCCCUUCCAGCGAGGGCCCCCAGAAGACCGGUGGGGCCCGGUGGCACCGCAGGGGGGCGACCUGGGGAGGGGCGGGGGGGGACCGCGCCCUGCACCGGUCCACGCUCAGCCUGGUGCUGAGUGGGGGGGGGGAGCCCCGCCCUGCGCGGCCCCCCCCCGCCCGGGGCCCGGGCGCCGGGGGGGCGACGGGCGGGUCGCGGCCCCGGCCGGCGGGACCGAGGGGGGGCGGCGCUCUCAUGACAACCUCCGGGUGGCGGUUACGCUCACACAACAACGGAAGAGCGCAGCGGGAGUGAAGUAA